AAAAUUACAUUCAGCGCCUUUUAAUGUUUUUGAAGCGCCCGAACUUCGUGGCAACGCCGGCGCUGUCUCAGACUCGGGGAUGCGUUACUGCGCCUGCAGAUUUCUGCACCGUGCGGUGGCCGUGAACCGGCCCAGCGCCAGCGCUGCCUCGCUAUCAUCUGACACGCUCCUCGGUGGAGGCGUAGUGACCAGGCGGUGGUGUGACCGGCUGCUGCGGUCGCAGGCCGAAACAUGUAAGCGUGGUGGCGAGCGUGCGAUGAAGCAGAUCUGGAGAGUGGCCCUGCGCAGAAACUACGCGAGCAGCCAUGCCAGUUUGCCGUCGUCGUCGCCGGCUGUGAGGCAUCGCGGCGGGACCGCCCGGACCGGUAAUCUGCUGCUGCUGUUGGCCCCGAUCCGGUCGGCGGCCUACUACCCCGCUUGCCGCCGCGGCGGCGCCGUGGUCCCGAGCCGCCUGGUUGUCGCGCCGGCAGCUGCCAUGCAUUUCUCGACGAGCAGCACGGCCGCUGCGCAGUUCGGCAGCGCCGAGGAGCCCGUGUUCCGGCCCCGGCGUGCGCUGGUGCUCACCAAGUUCUCGCGUUACGAGUUCGAGAAGCGGCGGCACGCGCACCUGACCGAGGAGCAGCUGGUACAAGAUCUGGAGUCCCGGGGCUCGGACUACAACAGCCUUGUCCACCACCACAAGAUCCACACCAAGAACAGGGAGCUCGUGGUCAACACGCUCAGGGAGAAUGGCAUUGAGACACGCCUCGUGGAUCGGUUUGAAUACACAGACAGCAACAUCGACUGGGCAGACGUCAUCUUCACGACAGGUGGCGAUGGCACGUUCCUCAUGGCGGCCAGCAAGAUCCACACACGUGACAAACCCAUCAUAGGCAUCAACAGUGAUCCUUCCAGGUCUGUCGGGUACCUCUGUCUUCCAGGCCACUACACAGAGAACUUCCCACUCGCACUGAAACGGCUACUGACGGGAAAAUUUCAAUGGAUGUGGCGGCAGCGGCUGCGCGUGACCCUUAAAGGGGAGCACGCAUUUGACCCACCAGUUGAGCUCCACGACCAGCAGCUGCAGUACCCAGAGUACCGCUUCCUCGACUGCUGGCAGGAGCAGCACCGCAAGCCCACCACCGACGAUGGCGGCCUGCAGCACUCCUCGGCCGGCGACGUCGUGCAUGUGCUCCCCGUACGAUCUCUCAACGAGGUGUUUGUCGGCGAAUCACUCUCGUCACGAGUGUCCUACUACGAGCUCUCAGUGGACGGUUCACCGCGGACGAAGCUCAAGAGCUCGGGCCUGACCAUCUGCUCUGGCACAGGGUCCACCUCGUGGUCCUUCAACAUCAACAAGGUCACACCGCAGUGCAUACAGAGGAUCCUUGACAUUGUAACCGCAGAGACUGGUGUGGACCUGCCAACACGGGACCCCAAGCUCAUCGAGCGUGUCACGACAAAUUUCAACAACUCGCUUAUCUUCGACCCCUCCAAGUGCCGCAUGGCCUACACCAUACGGGAUCCUGUUGUUUUUGGAACUGACUUCAACAGCAAACCCCGUGGCUUUGCCAAGAGGAUUGAAGUGAAGUCGAGGAUGUUUGACGCCUGUCUUGUCAUUGACGGCGGCUUGUCCUUUGUCUUCAAUGAUGGUGCAACAGCAGUGUUUGAGAUUUUCGACGAGGACGCUUUGCGGACAGUGCAAUUUGCCGACUGAAUCUUCCUGGCUUUCUUUUUUCUUUUAACUGCGGAGACUGUGUUCUUAACACGCAACUUUUGCCAGUUGCAGCUCAGUUUCGGGGAGAGUGGCGAGCCUUGUUUGCCGUUUCCAAGCUUGGGUGUAUUGCCUUUAUUGCAGAAUGCUGCACUUGGAGCCACAUGUGCUCAAGCUGCGUUAUGUUUUUUCCUUUCUUUUGGUGCGCCAUUUGUGACAAGUGCCUUUAGAUAACACAGAACAAAUAUAUAUAUGUAUGUGUGUGUGUAUACAUAUAGUACAUUUGCUUUAUGUAUCUUGUCAUUGUCUUGAGCAUUGCGAGAGGAUUAUUCUUACUGUCAAAAGUAUCCUUAUAUUGCCCAGCCUCGUUUUUGUUCCGAACGAGUUUUGUGUGAGCUAAAUGAAUUUCUCGUCUGCUGCUUUUGUGAGGUGGGGUCUCUGCUUCCUUAAAACUUUUUUGACUUCUUCAUUUGGUCAUUGCAAACCUAUUGUGCACUGCAGAGAAGCACAGGGGAGCGUAUAUGGUUGCAUAUCGGAACUCUGUUUUCUAGACGUUCAUGCCCAGUGCUCCUUGCCUUCCUGAAGUUGAGGUGCAACUGGAAAACUUGCGUUCUCUCCUCUUGUCUGUGCCUAUGUAUAUACAGAUAUUAAUUUCCUUUAACAAUGCUUGGGACUUGUACACUUGCUCUAUCUCUCUUCUCUUUCUUUCAGCGCAUUCUUUUUCUUUUUUGUCAAUGUCUGUCGGAUCUCAUGCCGGCCCAAAGUCAUUAGUGAAAUAAAUAUAUUUUUAUACGCA